AUGGUGUCCAUCACCCAAGGUGAUGAGGACGACCGAGGGAUGGAGAUGUUUUUCAGCGGCCAACAGGUGGUCAGCGAGGUGUGCGAGGUCUCCGGGCAUCUUAAGGAUGGCAUGACGGUGGAGAUCAUUCAAGGUGAAUUCAAAGGCUAUCGCGGCAGAGUUCGCCUGGGCGACGGGCGAUUCCAGGUGCAACUGGCCAAUGGCACAAAGCUCCAGGUUGGAGAGUUGCAAUGCCGCAUCCUCGAGGAGGACUUGCAUGUGCUGGAGUCUGAGUGGAAGGCGGAGCAUUUGCAGCACCGCUGUGAAGGUCUAGUGGAUGCCGAGAGGACCUGCUCCCAGGACGGCUGCACGGUGCUAUUGGUGCCAGAGGUUUUGAGCUGUGAAGGCUAUUGCCAGGCUCACGGCAUUCACUGCAACCAGGCCUGGCGCUCACAUGGAGACUCCUGCCAUGGUGCCACGCCCGCCACCUGCGCGGGGGAGAUGCGGAUGAGGGGCGAUCGGCUGCUAUGCCGAUGCCAGGCCUUAGGCCUCAGCCGACUGGGACAAGAGGUGCCUCUGAAUGCGCAUGUCUUGGUGGACAGACACACUGGGGUGGUGACCAAGGGACCCGAUCACGAUGGUCAUGUCCGAGUGAAGAUGCCCAAGCUGCUGACCUUGGAUCGACCCUUCUUCCGCCCGUGGGAUGCGGACGCUGCGGCGCAGCCGAGACCGUGGCACGGUAGCUGUGAUGAGCUGCGACAAGGUGAUCCAGUGCAGCUCACGGAGGGCCACUUUCGCGGGCACCGCGGAGCCGUGGAGCGCUGCGACCCUGUCUCAAAGCAAUACACGGUGAUUUUGGAUCAAUGGCUGCACGUCAGCGCCUACAAUCUGGUGGUGUUGCAUUGCAGCGCCUUGCAGCCCUUGGGGCAGAAUUGCUCGGAGGAUCAGUGUCAAAUCCGUCCCCAUAGCCAUCGCGAGUCCUGUGAGCAGUUCUGUCAUGCUGCAGAGAUGCGUUGCUUUCGCGCCUGGCGCGGCCAAAAGGGCAGAUGUGACAUGGACCAGCCACUGCCCUGCAGUGCAGGAGCGGGAACUGAGAAGGUGUGCGAAUGCGCGCCGGAUGUCUAUGCCGGUGGGAACUGCUUCCGGCAUGAUCUCAGCUACGAGCCUCUCAACAUGCCGGGCCAACUGAGAAGCCACGAGCGCUCGGCAAAGGCCUGCGCCGAGCGCUGCGCCUCGGUGCUGGGCUGCGCACACUUCUCGUACUGGUCGGAUGGCGGGUGUCAUUUGCAGGACCGCCAUGCUCGCCUGCUGGGGCGUCCCGGCGUCGUCGUCGGCCCCGGUGACUGCCUGGCCGCAGCGGCGCGAGAGAGACCCGCGGAGAUCGGGGAGACGGACCUGUGCCAAGCGGGCGUGAGCUACAGGCCGUUAGACAUGGAUGGGCAACAUCGAAGCCACGAGCCUGACCUACAGCACUGCGCCGAGCGCUGCGCAGCCGUGGCGGGCUGCGCACACUUCUCGUACUGGUCGGAUGGCGGGUGCCAUUUGCAGGACUCGGAUGCCAAAGAGCAGAGCACUUUGGGCGCCAUCGCCGGGCAUCCCAAGUGCCAGACGGACUCCGGGUCCAGCUCGGCGACCGUGCGCGGAGUGGCAACGACGACCACGGCACCAGAGGAGCCAGGCGCUCGAGCGAGCGCGACGGCUCGAGCCGCGCCGAGCCGCGCGGCCUGCGCUGGGCUGGUGGAUGUGGUGCAGUACUGUUCUGCAUCCAAAGGUUGCAAGGCCACUGUGCGGCGGAUGGCUCAAAGGUCUUGCUUCGACUACUGCGAGCAACUCAGCUCCUCGUGCUCUCGAGCCUUCAUUGGUGGCUGCCAUGGAGAAGAGGUAGACUGUGACGAGAUCACCGGUAGCGAUGCCAUGACCUGUCACUGCCACGGUGGCCGAGCAGAUCUGCGACGCUCCGAGGCGCAGGAGCUGCACCAGUCGCAGGAAGAGGUGCAGACAUGGCAGUUUCAUUGCCAUGAGGGCAGUCCCAAGACAUGGGACAUGGAGAAGCGCUGGUGGUGUUGUCGGGAGCUGGAGAUCGGAUGUGGUGCCCGAAGCUGUUGGCAAGCGCAGCACGAGGGCGAUUGGUCCAUGGAGAACCGCAUGUGGUGCUGUCGAGCACAGCAAGUGGGAUGCGACCAUGAAGAGGUGCACCAUUUCGACUGCAGCAACGGGCUCCGCAACUGGAGGAACGGCUGGUCACCGCUCAAGAAGAAGUACUGCUGCAAGCGGGAGACGCUCGGAGUGGGAAGCGGUGGAGUUGAGAGCAUUGCGAUCGAUGCACCGCGGCUGCGACGGGACGGCGGGACCGGGACCGAAAAAUCGCUGAGACGAGCAGUCACAGACACGGCGGGGCCGACACGACCUCCGUCCUCGGCGGUGCGGCGUCUUCGGAUCCCAAGGCCCGGCUGCACGGCGAGCUGUUUGGCCUCGGCGCCCUACUGGGCGUGGCCGUGCUGGCUUCGCGCGCGCCAACUGGCGCAGCGUGCCGCGGAGGACUUCUUCGAUGACUUUGGGUCGUUAUGGCCAGAGACCACCGUGACGGUGGGUUGGUUCCCUGGUGCUGGCUUGCCCGUUCACACUGACAAUAGCCAGGACUACCUCUCUCAACGUCAUGUCACGGUGGUGGUGUGGCUCAACGAGGUUGACGUGGAUUUUCAAGGCGGCCAUUUCUUCUUUGGCAGCGAGCCAGCCAUCAGGCCGCAGCAGGGCAGCGCGGCCAUCUUCGCGGCUGACGUGCCUCAUGGCCUGCAGCCUGUUACCCAGGGGCUCCGCAUCUCCUUGAAUGUGUGGUUCAGUCGGGAGCCCAACGCCUCGGAAGACACCCGGCUGUUGCAGAGACCCUUCAGCUGGGGCACCACGGCACAACGCCUUUGGGGACUGGGACCUCAGGAGGCAUGGCCACCAGGCGAUGGCCAUGGGAAGCUCUUGAGACACAGCUUGUCCUCGGUGAAAGCGCCGGCACGUGGACAUCGACUGGGCCACCGUGGUGUGGAUGGGAAGAAGACACCUGGGCGACAGCUGCUAAGGUCGCUUUGCCGCGGUCCAUGCCCAUCCAGCCCAAAGGAUGUGCAGCGGGGAGGAUUGAUGGUAGCUGCCUUCCUUCGGCUGUUUGGAAGACGGGGACAGCGCUGCUGUGGUUCCUGCCUUUGUCGCCUCGUGCGGCGGCGCGAGCGACUGGUGGCCAAACGGCUUGGCCUUUGGCACGACCAGGGUCUACUGUCGAUGCCACGUUUCAGCCCCGCGAGCUGUGGCUGUGGCUCCCUGGAACGUCCACUACCGGGGCUGCUGCUGAAGCGCCAGGUGGUGAAGAAACAGGAAGAGGUCAUCCGUCGAAGCCAGAGGCUGCUGCGGCGGCAAAACCAGGCGAUGCGCUUUGGACAGCUGCCACACUGGGCCCAGCGCCUGGCACGGAGGUGUGCGCCCACCCCGGCGUUCCGUGUGCCAUAUGACCAGCUCAUUGUGAAUGCCUAUGACCCGGGUGAGGCCACGAUGAUCUUCCGGCGCCUGAGCGGAGGAGGCAGAUCCGCCCCAGCGCCUUGCCGGUGA